GCGUUUUUAUAAUCAAAAUUCUGUUAAAGACACGGAGAAAAUAAGCUCAUGGCUCUUUAAAUAAAACUCCUCAUGGGUUUAGUUUUAGUAACUUGACUCCGAUCCUUUUCCACAUCCUCCUCGUACAUCCUGCAUCCCCAAUUCUCAGAGACCUGCGGAUCUGCUGACGUGUCGGCCGGUUCUGCUCAUGCUCGGGCAGUCGACUAGCAGUAGCUUGCCAGCAUGGCUGCUGUCGUUGUGGAUUUGUACCUCCUAGUGAUACUUUUUAUUGUAACGGGAUCCGAAAAGGCAGUAGAUAAAAGGUUUUCGGACAUAAAGCGAUGUAACGACGACGAAUGUAGCAUGUUAAUGUGUAGGGGGAAAGCAGCACAGGAUUUCUAUGGCCCAGACUGUCGGUUUUUGACUUUCAAAAAGGGAGAGACCAUAUACGUAUACUAUAAGCUCUCAGGAAAGAGGAACGAUUUGUGGGCAGGAAGUGUGGGUAGCAGAUUUGGCUAUUUCCCCAAGGACUUACUUGAAAUAAAUCACAUAUAUGGUGUGAAAGAGCUAGAGAUUCCCGCAGAGGAAACAGACUUUGUAUGCUUUGAUGGCCAGCUUGGCACAUUUGACAGUUAUGAUGUUGAUCAGCUCUUGGGUUCCUCUGUAUUAUUGACUGAAAAUGACACUUCAGGUCAAGAAACGGCAGCAGCAGAAAAAGUGAACCAGGGUAGCAAUGCUCAGAACCAGGUAGAUAAGCAGGAAGAUGAUGUGCCGUCUCAAAUAUCUCCCGAGGAAAGUGAUGACACUGAAAAAACAACUGAUGAUGAAAUACAUCUGCUGCACGAUAAUGGCGGUAGUGAUGUUUUGGACAAAAAGAGUAACAAAGAGGAAGAGGGUGAAGAAAGAGAACUUGUUGAUGUAAGAUCGAAAGAAACCUCUCAGCUGAUGUCUGAAAAACAAAAUCAGAUUCAGGACAUACAUACUCUGGAAGGUGACAGUGAUGCUGAAACCACAGCUGAAACAAUGAAGGAUGACUUAGAUCAAGAUGAGAACAUGGUGGCUUCACAUGAAGACACAGCAGAGGACAACACAACCAAAGAUAAAAGCCCUUCUCUGGGUGAAGACAAGCUUCUAGCCAAAGAUGAUGUGCCUGAAAAAAAUGAUAAAAUUGAUGUUUCGGAAGUCCAACCAGCUUCUAAUUUGAAAACUACCAUUGGGUCAACCUUUGAUGCUGUUACCACAGAUGAUGAAAAUACCCAGAAAGUAACCCCAUUUUAUGAUGAUUUUGAGAGUGAAGGGGAACUCUUAGGUACAGAGCAGGACGAGCCAAGUGAGGCUUCAGAAGUAACUCCUUUAUUAUCGUACUCUGAAGACAAUGUUGAAGACACUUCUGAACAGGAAGGCGUUUCAGAUUCUUCUAAAUCAGAAGACAGACUUGGCUAUAAAGCAGAGGAAAUGACUCAUGGUGAGCUGGGAGAGGUACUGAGAGAAGAUCCAACAAAAGAAGAAAUGAAAGAAAAUAAAAGCAUGUGGACAUCAUUGGGGGAUACUGUCUUUGCCAUUGUAAGUGGUGCUGAUAGAACAAAUCAGGUAACCAGUUUAGAGGACGAAGAUGAGGAAGAUGAUUUUGAAUUAGAUGUGGCAGAGGGUAAUGAGGAUCCAAAAAGUGAUACAAUACCCCUUUUAGGCUCAGAUGUACAGGUGGACCAUGGAGAAUUGCCUCAUUCAUCAGCAAAGGAAACUGUUAGUGAUGAAAUUAUUCAGGAAAUUCCAGAUGAUAAGGUUACUGAUGAAUAUUUGUCCGUACAGAAAACAAAAGAAAGAGAAGGCUCUGACGAUAACUAUAAAUUAAAUCAGGAACUUGAUUUGGUGGUUAAUCAAAAUGGCCAUGCAUCUAAAUUGCCUUUUGAGUCAGAUCAAGAAAGAAAACUUGAAUAUGAAAAUAUGCCAGAAACCCCAGGCAGACAACAUGACAACCUAAAAGUCACUCUGGUGUCUGAAGUACAAGAUGCGCCAAUUGGUCAGGAGAGUGGGCUACAUGUUGAAAAGAUUAGUGAUGAAACAAUGAAUGACUUGCCAUCUGAAGAGUUUAUGAACAAAGAAGCUGCCCAGGCUCCAAAACAACAAGAAGAUAUUAAAGUCCAGAGUUCAGAAGGAAAUAAAAACUCUGAUACAGUUUCAUCAAAUAUGCAUUCGCUCAGAAACAAUCAAAGCAUGGAAGGAGAAGAAAAUGGAACACUUCAAGAAGCCAUCUCUGAAAAGACUAUUGUUCCAGAAGAACAGUCACAUGAUGAAUUAACUGAAAUUGUAGGAGGCAAUCAGACAGAUGAAGGCAUUGAUUCAAGAAUAUCAGCAAACAAUACAGAAGAAGUUAAAAAUGUCAGAGGGUUAGAAGAAGAGCCUGAACUGAAACUGGAUUCAGAUGUGGUAAACACUGAACAAACAGUUAAAGUUAAUGAGGAGUUACCUGUAUUGAAAGAUACAUUGGAGAAAGAUUUUGAACAUGGAGAUCUUUUCUCCAGCAAGGCAGAUGAUUUUGAAGAUGGAGAUGAAGAAAAUGAGGAAGAAUUGCUUGAAGAUGAAAAUGCCAUGUUUUCUUCAUCUACAAAAAUUGAGAAUUUACCUACAGAUGCUGAUGAAGAAGAAUUAGAUACUUUGCCUGAUGAAGACAAAAAUGUUAUUAUAGAAGAGGGCACUAAGGAAACUCAAAAUGAUUCCAGUGAUAAGGCUUUUGGAGAGCCCCAGCCAUUAAGUAAAACUCAUCUCGCAAACAACGAAACUGAAGCAGCAAACAAUACAGAUGUGAGCACAGAAAAGAAAAGGGUAACAGAAGAGCAAGAACAUACUGAUGUCAGAGAGACAAGUGUUGCCACACCAGGGAGAAGGCCCAUUGAAGAAGAUGAAGAAUCUACAAAUACAGAAGAAAAACAUGCACCUUCACCUGAACAUCUUACGGUAAAUGACAAUGACAACUUAGGCCAACAGGAAAAGAAAACUCUAAAGUUUAGUGAGGAGAAAGAACAUGGUGACAGUAUUACAGAGAUUACUCUUCUUAAAGGUUACUUUGAUGAGAAACGCAUGGAGCGCAUUAGCAAAUUCUUGAGUCCUCAGCAUAUUCUUCGAGUGGAGGCCAUGUUCAAUUACUUGGAUCAGGAGCUGAAGAAGGCCAGGCAGACAUUUGAGACCAUAGAGGAUAUUGAAAAAGCUUUAGACAGCACCUUGGAGUCUUCAGAGACCAGAAUCCUGGAUGAAAUUGAGAGGAUGUUGGAUGCUCGGGAACUGAAGAAUGCAGAGUUCAUUCAAAUGGAUGGUAAUAUGCUUGAUGAAGAAGCUGCUGUUUUGGAUGAUUUCCAAGAGCUAGCUUUCCAGGUUCGACAGAAGUAUUCAGCAGUGAGUGAUAGUACUCCACUGAUGUCAAGGAAUAGUCUUUCCAAAGACCCUGCCUCUGAGGCGCAAAAAGAAAAACUGGACGUUUCAGAUGUUCUUGCAGAAAUUGACAUGUUGACAAACAACCACACCAGCACUAGGGAUGAGAUUGAAUUGCAAGAGAAGCCACUGAACCAACAAGAAGAUAAUGAGAGGCCUUUGUCAGAGAGGAGACACUCAAAGACCAGGUCGGAUAUUGGAGUUGAAGAAGAUGGAGGUCACUUCAACAGAAACAAGGACAGCCAUUUCAUGGAAGAUGUUGAAGAAAUUCAAAAAGGCCCUCCAACUACUCUGGAAAAUACUUUGGAUAUUGGCUUAGGUAUUGAUGUGGAGCAUCCCUCUUCAGGUUUUUUGGAAUCGCCUAAAACACCUGAUUACUCUGAGGAUGAAAAAGAAGUUGAGUCACAAAGUGUUCUGUCAUUGCCAAGCAUUGCUGAAAUUGGGAAGUUUUUCACUUUGGCCAGGGAAUAUUUGGGAAUAUAUACUGAAAUUCUGGUUGGUACCCUGCCUGAGGAAUGGCAGCCGGGUCCCACUUUCUAUGGGCUGCCGUGGCAACCAGUGAUAGUAACGGCUAUGGUGGGACUCCUCUCAUUUCUGAUUUUCUUCUGGCGGACACUGCUCGCGGUCAAGAGUAGAACGUAUCUCCUGACUGAAAAGCAACUUGUGGAAAAAAUAAAACAACUAAUUGAUGAAAAAUCUGAAGCUCUUUCCAAAAUAUCGGAACUGAAUAAGCUGAUUGAAGAGCGUGAACAGCAAUUAAAAGUGUCAGAAAAAUCAAAAUCAUCUGCUAAACGUGAGAAUAAAGACCUCCAGGACACAUUUAAGGAAUUGCAGCGAGCAAAUGAACUCAUGAAGGAGAAGGUCAAAACUCUGAAUAGGUCUGUAGAGGAAGAAAGGAAAAAGAAUCGUCAGCAAGAAGAAAUUAUUACAGAAACACAGAAAUCUGUUGACAAGUUUCAAAGUAUAAUUAAAUCCAACAGAACUGAAUUGUCAAAGGUGCAAGCCCUUGUUGAAGAGGCAAAAUUAAGGGAGGAAGCUCUGAAGGCUGAACUGCAGUCCUUUGAGAAGGAAAACAACAUAUUGAAAUCCAAGAAAAAAGCUCUACUGAAAGAUGCUAAAGACUGGGAAGAAAAACACAGAGAACUAAGCGAGCAAAUUAAAGUUUUUCAGAAGUCUCAGAAGGAACUGGAAGAUACUGUUGUGCACAAAGAAAACGAAAUUGAGGUUUUGUCUAACUGCAUUGCUGAGCUGCAGCAGCUUGAGGCUGAUGCCAAGUAUGAGAGUGCAGACUUGCAGAAGGGAGAUGCUAUGAUACUAGCCAAUGGAGAAGCUCUGGACCAGAAGAAUGACACAAUAAAGAACCGAAUAAAACAGAUGAUGGAUGUUUCACGGGUGAAGACAACUCUUACCAUAGUACAAGAAGAGAGAGACCAUUACUUCACAAAACUCUUAGCUGAGGAGAAAGAGAGGCAUGAACUAGAAGAACAGAUAAAGAAACUGGAGCACGAUCAGGCUACCAUGCUCAGUGAGAAGUGCCACCUGGAAUCACAGUUCAAGACAAUUCAGCAAAAACUUGAGAUAAUGAAUGAGAUGUACCAGCAGAAGGAGAAUGCCCUUCAGCAGAAACUGACGCAGGAGGAGUUUGAGCGAAGGGAGAAGGAGCAGAAGCUCUCGGAGGUGGAUGGGAAGGCUCUGCAGGCUGAGGAGGAGUUAAAGACCUGUAAGCAGAGGAUACAGGAGAUCGAGGAAGAGCUGCAAAAAACAGAACGCUCCUACAAAAAUCAGAUUGCAUCUCAUGAAAAGAAAGCACAUGAAAAUUGGCUGAAUGCACGAUCGGCUGAAAGAGCUCUAGUGGAAGAGAAGAGAGAGACUGCAAACCUGAGGCAGAAGCUUAUUGAAGUUAAUGAGAAGCUGGCUGAACUACAGAGACCAUCUCUUAUCAAACCAACACCUGGCCGUCCAGACAGGCAGUUGCCACCAUUUCGGAAAGGAGAUUCUUUUGGUCCUUCCCCUGUGAGUGGAGGUGCCCCAUCACCUCCUCCGAUGUUUGAGGGUCCAGGACGCCCGCCCUCUGCUCCUCUGGGGCGAAGAGAGCCCUUUGGACCAGUUGAUAGCCAGCUUGGCCCAAGAAGACCACCUUCAGAAACAUUAGGACGAUUUUCAGACCUUGGACACCCCCCUCCUUCACGACCUGAUGCUGCAGUUAGUGCACCGAGAACUUCGUCUCCUAGUGUUUUGGAUGGAUCGCAGAAUCCUCCUGUAGAGACUCAAGCCCUUCCCUCUUCCCUCCCUAUUCCCGAGGUCUUAGAGGCUAUGAACUCAAAAUCCCAAGGUCCCCCAUCAUUUCCAGGAACCCCAAUUAUGAAUUCACCAGCUUCUGGUGCUACACCUCCUGCUAAAGGGUUUGCUCCUCCAUUAGUGGCUGGGCCAUUCCCUCCUUCCCUCAAUGGUCCUACCCCUCCUCCACUGUUGGGACCCCUGAAUGGACACCCCCCAAUGCCCUCCGCUGUACCUCCCCUGGCACCAGGCCCGCGAUAUGGACCGCCACAUCCAUCCAAGGGACCCUAUGGCCCAAGGCCUUAUGGAGCAGUUCCACCUCCUAAUGUCCGUGGUCCAGUACCGCCUCACAGAGACUACCCUCCCGGACCGCCGCCUCCUUUUGGGCCUAGAGACCUUCCCGCUGGAUUUAGGGACCACCAUUCAGCUCCACCACUGCCUCAUGGCCACAGGGACUAUCCCUUUCCUGCCAAAAACCUUCCUCCCGGAGGCAUUCCACCACCUGGAGUUAGAGACUAUCCAGGGCCCCCUCCUCCUGCCCACUUGGGGCCCCGAGACUUUCCUGCUGGGCCUCCCCCUGUGCCCAAUAUGGCACCCAGAGACUACCCUGGCCCAGGAGGGCCUGCACAGCAGGCUGCUCCCAGAGACACGUCCUCAACAUUGCAGAACGAACCAUAAACAGCACGCGCUAGCCUGGGGUGAUACUAUAUUCACCUGCAUAAAUUGGACUUUUUUUAAUCCUGCUGCUUCCCUCACAGUAAAAAUUUGGUUGGUUAAAAAAAUAAAUAAUUAGAAAACCAGUGUCUUGUCAUAUGAUGUCUGGGACUAAAUAAAAUCAUUUCAAUAAGAAAACUGAGGGAGGCCCGCCAAUGUGAAGAAACAUAUUGUGCAAUAUUACCCUUUUCAGUCUCUUCAUUUUUUUUAGAUCAGUGGUGUUCUUAAACGCUUUUGAACAAUGCAGAGUUUUAUUUGAAGUUUCCUGUGGAAAUACUUGUUUAAUUAUAAACAAAAGUCCAAGUAUUCAGUUUUAGCUCUUGAGUUCCACAAGUUCACAUUGCAUACACCUUGCAUCCACCUAAAGCUUUUGCUUUAUUAAAGGAUGUAAAGGUAAGUUGUGUACAAAAAGGUCAGAUGUAUAACUUAUUUUACUAUAUUCUUAGAUUUAUUAAUAAAGUUAAUAAAAACUA